CUCAUUCUCAUGUUCCAAAAAUAAAAUAAAAUGAAAUAAUGCGUGCCACGUGGAAAUAAAGGCCGCACUUGCAAGUUCCUUCGAUCUUCGAAUCAACCUACCGAUGAUGAUACCAAAACGACACUCCUAAUCCAUCAUCGCUUUUUCUACCGCUUACCCAGAUCCCAAGUUUCAACCUUUCGUUCCUUUUACGAUUCAAACCGAUUCAAUUUUCACUAAUUCUUUCUGAUUCGAUCGAUCGCAAAUAAUCAUGUUUAGCAGAGUUUUUGGUAAACCUAAACAGGAAAUCAGCAACAAUGCUCUUGCCACUUUGGACAAGUUAAACGAGACACUUGAAAUGCUAGAGAAAAAGGAAAAUGUGCUCCUUAAAAAGUCCAGGGCAGAAGUUGAAAAAGCCAAAGAAUUCACUAAAGGAAAGAACAAAAAGGCGGCAAUUCAAUGUUUGAAGAGGAAGAGGUUAUAUGAACAGCAAAUUGAGCAGCUUGGAAAUUUCCAGCUGCGUAUUCAUGACCAGAUGAUAAUGUUAGAAGGUGCUAAAGCCACCACGGAAACAGUGGAUGCGUUAAGAACAGGAGCCGCUGCUAUGAAGGCUAUGCAGAAAGCAACGAAUAUUGACGAUGUUGACAAAACCAUGGAUGAGAUAAAUGAACAGACUGAGAACAUGAAGCAGAUUCAAGAAGCAUUGUCAACUCCAAUUGGUGCAGCAGCUGAUUUUGAUGAGGAUGAACUAGAAGCAGAACUUGAAGAAUUGGAGAGUGCUGAGUUAGAAGAACAGCUUCUUCAGCCAGCAACUACAGCUCCUGCUGCCACAUCGUACGUCCCAGCUGGGCGGCAACCUACACGCCCUGUUCCUGCAAAGCCAACUCCCGAGGAAGAUGAAUUGGCAGCUUUGCAGGCUGAGAUGGCACUUUGAUCGGACCAGAAGAUGUAUAUAAAAGCUGAAAAAGAAGUUGAACAUAGAAGUCCCCUCAACACUUACGACUUUUCUCAUUGAUGUGUUUGAACCUUUUUUCCAGGUCUGCGUAUCAAAUGUUAAUUUAUUUGGCUAUCUCAAGCAUAUGUUGAUUAUUUGAUACCAGUAUGUAAAAUGAAAAGCAUGUUCCCUUAAUCAUUGAGUUAAACACUCGGAACUCACAAUAUAAUAUACUGUUCUGAACAUACUUUUUAGAGGUCAUGUUUCAUCUGGUCUUGUUUUUUUUUAACAUUCUUGUCAUGUAAGUUAGUAUAACAGAUAUGUAAAAUAUGUUAACAAGUGGUAAGGAUUUAGUUUGAUGAGCUAAUUGGAUUGAGAAAAUUGGCAGUUCUAA